AUGAGGGAUGCAGACAUUGAUUACAUACUACUGAGGGAAGGAAGGUGUUAUGGCCUGCCCGAGGAGGAGAUUCAGUCCCUUUUUAUGGCUGUGGAGAAGUGGACGAGGAUCGCGAGGUGUUCUCACUAUGAUCUUGUUGGUAGACCUCCACGAUAUGCGAAUGUAGCUACUUCAGAGUAUGUUCCCACUCCUAAUCCUUCAACCACUACUGAGCAUAAAACUCUAUCUGUGUCUGAGGAUGAGUACACUAAGUUCUUUCAGUAUCAAGCAGCAAAGCUUUAA